GCACCCACCUCCUUUCCGAGCAAAAGAGGAGAAAAUGGCCCGUUCUCUUAGUGCGCAAGUGUGGUAGUCGGCAAGCGGCCAGGCACCUCCUCUGCCCCCGUGAGUGGUUAACAGCAGGCUGGGCUGCUGCUACUGUCGUUGCGGUGCUUUCCGGAACCGGCGGGGGCAGCAGCAGCAGCAACAUCAAUACCACCAAAAGCAGCAGGAAGGGCGGCAGGAGAGUUGAACGGGGAGCCGAAAUGAGGUCAGAUGUCAGCCGGCCUUAGCGAUACAAGAUCUGUGAAGCACUAAUUAUUUGCAACCAUGGUGCAGAAAUACCAGUCUCCUGUGAGGGUAUAUAAACACCCCUUUGAGUUAAUUAUGGCUGCUUAUGAAAGAAGGUUUCCCACAUGCCCCCUCAUUCCCAUGUUUGUAGCCAGUGAUACUGUGAAUGAGUUCAAGAGUGACGAUGGAGCGAUACAUGUGAUUGAAAGACGCUGUAAAUUGGACAUAGAUGCACCACGACUGCUGAAAAAGAUUGCAGGGGUAGAUUAUGUUUACUUUAUCCAGAAGAACUCCUUGAACAGAAGAGAACGCACUUUACACAUAGAGGCCUACAAUGAAACUUUCUCAAACAGAGUUGUGAUUAAUGAACACUGCAGCUAUACGGUGCACCCAGACAAUGAAGCCUGGACCUGUUUUGAGCAAUCUGCAAGCCUGGAUAUCAAAUCUUUCUUUGGCUUUGAAAGCACAGUGGAAAAGAUUGCCAUGAAGCAAUAUACCAGCAAUAUUAAAAAGGGCAAAGAAAUAAUAGAGUACUACUUGAAGCAGCUAAAUGAAGACGGAAUAAAGUUUAUUCCUCGUUGGACUCCACCUGUCAAAUUUAUGUCUGAGCACAGUGUAUCUCGUGUAGGAAGGCCACUCUCUUCUGCUGUCAGCGUACCUGAUGCUACGGAGGGACUAAUCGCUAAGGAGAUUGGUGUUUGUAACAGUGCAUCAGAUCUGAUAGCGGGAACACCUGAUGACAAGCUAGAUGCUGAUUACAUCAAGAGGUAUCUCGGUGAUCUGACACCACUUCAGGAAAGCUGCCUCAUCAGGCUUCGACAGUGGCUCCAGGAAACACACAAGGGCAAAAUUCCCAAGGAUGAACACAUUUUAAGAUUCUUGCGUGCUAGAGAUUUCAACAUUGACAAAGCCAGAGAAAUUCUCUGCCAGUCUUUAACUUGGCGUAAACAGCAUCAAGUGGAUUAUAUUCUAGACACUUGGAACCCUCCUCAAGUACUGGAAGAUUAUUACGCAGGAGGUUGGCACCACCAUGACAAAGAUGGGCGCCCACUGUAUGUGCUAAGACUUGGCCAGAUGGAUACCAAAGGCUUGGUGCGAGCUCUUGGAGAGGAAGCCUUGCUUCGUUACGUCCUGUCUAUAAAUGAAGAAGGACUGAGGAGGUGUGAAGAAAAUACAAAAGUAUUUGGAAGGCCUAUAAGCUCCUGGACCUGUUUAGUAGACCUGGAGGGGUUGAAUAUGCGGCACUUAUGGAGACCUGGUGUUAAGGCCUUGCUAAGGAUCAUUGAAGUUGUUGAAGCUAAUUAUCCGGAAACAUUGGGACGGCUUCUCAUUCUGCGAGCUCCCAGGGUGUUUCCAGUCCUUUGGACACUGGUUAGUCCAUUCAUUGAUGACAACACUCGAAAAAAAUUCCUCAUUUAUGCAGGCAAUGACUAUCAAGGUCCUGGUGGCCUAUUGGAUUAUAUUGACAAAGAAAUCAUUCCAGAUUUUCUUGGUGGAGAAUGCAUGUGUGACGUUCCAGAGGGUGGGCUGGUUCCGAAAUCUCUGUACCGGACAGCAGAAGAACUAGAAAAUGAAGACCUAAAGCUGUGGACAGAAACCAUUUAUCAGUCUGCAAGCGUCUUCAAAGGAGCUCCCCAUGAGAUUUUCAUUCAGAUUGUAGAAGCUUCCUCUGUGAUCACCUGGGAUUUUGAUGUUUGUAAAGGUGACAUUGUCUUUAACAUCUAUCACUCCAAGAGAGCACCACAGCCUCCUAAAAAGGAGUCCCUGGGGGCCCACAGCAUUACCUCUCCGGGUGGCAACAAUGUUCAGCUGAUAGACAAAGCCUGGCAGCUGGGAAGGGACUAUAGUAUGGUGGAGUCUCCACUCAUCUGUAAGGAGGGGGAGAGCGUCCAGGGGUCUCAUGUGACUAGGUGGCCUGGCUUCUACAUUCUCCAGUGGAAGUUCCACAGCAUGCCUGCUUGUGCUACAACCAGCUUGCCACGUGUGGAUGACGUUCUGGCAUCUCUGCAAGUCUCAUCUCAUAAGUGCAAAGUUAUGUACUACACAGAAGUGAUCGGGUCAGAAGAUUUCAGAGGGUCCAUGAGCAGCCUUGAAUCAAGCCACAGUGGAUUUUCUCAGCUUAGUGCUGCUACAACCUCUUCCACUCAGUCUCACUCCAGCUCCAUGAUUUCCAGAUGGCGAUUUUGCUGACAGCUGUAAAGGAACUGCUUCAUUCAACAGUCCACAUCUGCCCAGAGAUGUCUGGCUUUGUAGAACUUUUUUUUUUCCUUUUUGAGUUGCAGCCAGUUCUCUUGUCUGAAGAUCUCUUAAGUUUGCUCAGAACUGUCCUUUGGGGAUACUGUUUCUCUAGAAAUCUAAUACAUCUUUCAGAGCUCAAAGCACAAACACUUGAGGGGCUCCAUACAUCACAAAAGCAAGACUUGACCUUUAUUUUUUUGAGCAGCGUGCCAUGUCAGCUGUGACCCGACUAACCCCCUGCUCUUCUGAGUCUUUUUUAGUUAUGGCUUUGCUUUCCCUUUCCUGCCGGAACUGACAAUUCUGCUGACCCUUUUCCCCCUGAACUUAAUUUAACAAUUUGGCUACAGUUUCUGUAAAUGUUUUGUAAACAUAUUACCUCAAUCUUGGUAAUGACAGUCUUUUUUUUUUAAUUUGUAUCAAUAAAUGUGAAGUUUUUUU